GAAUGGUUGAAUCAAUGAGUCAUACAUUAAAUUGAAUACAAGUUUUUAGUAGUAAUUGUUUGAAUCAUAUGUCAUAUGUAUUGCGUAAUCAAAUGAAUAAACAAAUUAAAUAUAAUAUUUAAUUGCAAUGUAUUUGUAAUUAUAAUUGAAAUGAUUUUUCAUUGAUAUGUGAUAUUUAUUUUGCCAUUUAUUUUGAGUGAAUAUUUUUAAGUCAAAUCCCGAAAUACAAGCCAUGAAUAGGUUAUCAUUUAGUCUCGUGAAGGACUUCUUCACCAAUCGAGUGCUACGACGACUGACCACUGAUGGCAACGAGUCUUCACCGAUGGAGUCAAUACCGGCUAAAGAGGUGACACUAAAGGAUGUUAUGAUACGAUUGGAGCCAAUGUUUGUAUGUCUUCAGCGGAUCCUAAUAUGGGAACAGCCCUAUCACUCUGCCGUUUCUUUUCUUGCUUUUAAUUGUCUUUAUUGGCUCUUUGUUUGGUUCAAUAGAUUUCGUUUUUAUUCAUAUCUUGGAUUAGCUUUGUUUUGCAUUCAUUUCUUUAAACUUUGGACUCAAUAUAUAUGGCCUGAGAUUAGAGUUACACCAAACGAAUUGACAGAUACUGAGGGAUGGACACCCGUUCACCCGCAAGUGCUGAGUGCACCCGAAAUUAACCACUAUAUUAACGAAAUAUAUAUUAUGUCAAAAGCUACCAUCUUAUGGUUCAUUAGAUUAAGACGUGAAAAACAUUUAAAAUUUUUUAUAAUUACAACAUUUAUAUUAGUCAUGAGUGCUAUUAUCGGACGACUGGUUCCCGGAGCCCUAAUUGUAUACUCUAUUACAAUGAUAUUGGCUUUGGGUCCGGGAGUUGUUUUAUAUGUAUUACCAGAAGGUUUAUAUGAUGUUUUGAGAAAUUAUUUUAUUCCCAAUCAAAAUGAUGAUGAAAUUGAUUGUAAAGAAUCUCCUGAUAAGAAACUAAGUGAUGAUAUAUCUGAAAAACAGAGACUUUCUGAGAGUGCACUCCACAACUUCUUACUCACCACUGACUUUGGUGUCGAUCCAGAAGAUCAAAGUGAAACCUCUUCACUACAACUAUUGUCUGAAACACAGCUCGACAUUACUCUCGACAAAGAACUGGGACUCGAUGUUCAGUUCAAUGACGAUGACAUUAAACUGGACACCCGUUCCUUAAGUUCACAUUCAAGUCGGUCGAGUAAAUCUAGUGGUGGACUUCGCUUUUUUGCCUCACAUUUUAGUCGGAAUAGUAGUUCCGAUAAUAUUGAGGACGACUAUGAGCUGAUAUCUGACUCUGAAAUACCUGAUUUAGCCAAAGGUUUACAGAAUAAGAAACAAAAAUAGAUAUCCUUUCAGUUAAUCAUUAGAUUAUUACGUUUUUUUAUUUGACUUUAAUGACUGUCGGAAAUGUCUUAAAGGGCACAAUAAGUUAUUGUCUUACUGUAAGCUAAUAAGUAUUUAAUAGUCACUCAUCGGAUCAAUACUUCAUCAGUGCUUUCAAACCAAAUUACAAAUUACUAUAUAUCGUAAUACUUAAUAUUUAACAAAUUGACUUCUCAUACAUAUUAGAUAUAUUUGCUUUGAAACUAAACCAAAUAAUGUUUUUUAAAAUUAAAUCAAAAGUCAAAUCAUAUAAUUAUAAAUUUAUAUUUUAAAAAUCAGAUAUUUUAAGUGUUGUGUAUAUUUA